CGAUUACACGAGCGGCCAUUGCCAGGACCGUGCCAUGCAUGGACAUGAGCGGGCUCAUCCUUCAUAUCCUCGACGAUUAGAUAGGUGAUCCGGCUCUCACUUUCUGCUUCGCUGCUUCUCGACCUUCAACCUUCUUCUCCUGGACUUUAUAAUAUCAAACGGAUCUCGUAUCAAAGGAAAGGAAAAGGGGAGAAACGAGGCCUCUCUACACGUCAUAUAACGUUAGCAUCCAGGUCAUUCCGCUCGGAACGCAGUACAUUCCGCCGAGAGCAUUGUGCUAAGAAUAUAGUUUGAAGUCAAGACAGACACAAACCCGGGAGCUCAACCUCGCCAAACAAAACCGCAAACCAGAACGAAAUCUCAGCACAAACGUUUUCGAAGAUGACCGUCCUCAGCACUCUCACCUCGCCGCUCACCUCGGGCUUGCACCUCGCCCAGGGUGUAGGAAACGGAGCCGUCAACCUCGCCAAGGACACCAUCGUGCUCGUCGGGGGUACCGUAGCGGGGAAUCCUGUCGUAGGAAAGGUCUUGGAGAAGGGGUUGAUCAGGGUCAUGCAGAAACAAGUCCAAUACGGGCAACUCACCCUCGUCCUCCCUUCAAACAAGACGUAUACCUUCGGCCCAUCCCCUCGACCUAGCAAGAAUACUGCGUCGACUAUCGCUAUCAACGAGAACCAGACCAGCAGGCGGACGGGUAAAUAUGAAUACCCAAUCUCUUCCGGCUCUUCUUCCCGCGGAGGUGAAGACUCUCAAUUCGGAACUCAGACGAAUGGGACACAAUCGGGCGUCUCUACGCCUCCUACUUCGGUCGACGAGGGAUUCCGGGGAAAAGGAUCCCGGUUGGAUCUCGUCGGGUCUUUCUCCGUCGGUGAUGAAGGUGUGAGGGAAGAAGACCAGCCGGUCCCCGUGACCAUCCGGGUGAAGAGCUCGACGUUCUUCUUGAGGCUCUUGCUCUCCGGGGACCUUGGGUUCGCAGAGGCUUAUAUGGCUGGAGAGUGUGAUAUCUAUUACACCGGAUCUGAAGCCGAGGUCGAGGUCACGAUGGCAGGAAUCACGAUCGAUGAUGGGGAUGUGAAGGGACAGAGGUUGGACGAGGGGUAUUACGGGAACGCGGUCGUCGAUGGGUUGAAGGGAGUCAGGGAGGGGGAGGAGUUGUUGGAGCUCUUCAAGAUCGCCAUCAGGUCCGACCACCCGGCCUCGACCUCUUCGUACGCCUACCACCUCGCCCAUCCCAACGCCUCUUCCUCAUCAAGGGGGAUCACCGGUGGACUCAAUUCUCUGCCCGCUACGAUCUUUUCCACGAUCGGAAAUUACACGACAAAUUCGAGCGUGGUGAAUAGCGUGAGGAACAGUGUGGGGAAUAUCAGGGCGCAUUACGAUAUCAGUAAUCGGAUGUUUGCGAGCUUCUUGAGCGCCGACAUGACCUACUCUUGUGCCAUCUUCCCGACGCUCGAUGGCGACCUCUCCUCUUCGCUCGAGAACAACGAAUUCAACCCGAUUUACCAGCCCGACUCUUACCCCUCUGAAGCAUCCCACGCCACUACCGACGCGCUCGAGACGGCUCAGUAUGCCAAAUUGCACCAUAUCAUCAGGAAAGCCAAGAUCAGGCGUGGUCAUCGGGUACUGGAGAUUGGCAGCGGAUGGGGGAGCAUGGCCAUCGAGGCUGUGAGGUUGACGGGGUGUACGGUGGACACGUUGACUCUGAGUACGCAGCAAAAGGUUUUGGCUGAGGAGAGGAUCCGGAAGGCGGGACUGCAAGAUAGUAUCAAGGUGCACUUGAUGGAUUUCAGGAGCAUUCCGGAAUCGUGGAAACACUCGUUCGACCGGCUCGUCUCUGUCGAGAUGCUCGAAGCCGUCGGCAAGGAAUACAUCGAGCCGUACUUCAAGAUGAUCGACGAGGUGUUGAACGAGAGUGGGGUGGCCGUGUUCCAGGUCAUCACCAUCCCAGAGUCCAGGUUUGAGAACUAUUCGAAUAAUGCGGAUUUCAUCCAAAAGUGGAUCUUCCCAGGUGGAUUCUUGCCUAGCGUCGCUUAUACCUCAGAGAUGAUCAGCAAGGGUAGUCAGAACAGACUCACCAUCGACUCGAUAGUCAACAUCGGCCCACACUACGCGAGGACCUUGCGAGAAUGGAGGUUGAGGUUCUUGAAAAACUUUGAUCGUGAUAUCAGGCCGGCGUUGCGGGACGAGCACCCGGAAAUGUCACCAGCCGAUGUCGAGGUGUUCAAGCGGAAAUGGAUCUACUACUUCGUCUACUGCGAGAUCGGAUUCGCCGAACGUCUUAUUGGGGAUCACAUCUUCAGCCUGUCCCGGGAAGGAAACCGGGCUUUCGGGAGCGACGUUUACGCUUGAGAUAGAUGAGCGUGUCGGUGUAUGGAUAGGAUUUUUGGGCUAGACGGGUACAAGGGGUGGAUAGAUGAGGGAUCGGAAAGAAUACCUGGGGAAACUGAUGGAACGAUUUUGGUCGGACGAUCUGUUGACUAUUCCGGAUGGUUUUGGGUGCAAGGGGAUUAUAUCGGUUAUGUGUAGUGUACAAGCUCGAAAAAGAUUACGGCGUGG